UUCCAGUAUUAUAUAUUAGUCUAUGGAAAGGCUAACCGGCAAUAUUUUGUUCCUGAAAUGUUUACUUAUAUUUUUACGUUGUUUUUCUUAUCGUAUUUGAUUUCUUUGAAUGCUGACAAUGAAUUUUGUACGGGCGAAGGAUUUUGCAAUACAGACCAUAACAAGUACAGCAGGGAAAUCAAUGAAUGGUAUUCAAAAAUAAAUAGCGAAAUAAACUUGGCCAUAGAUCAGUAUAUUCCGUGCCAACGAGUUAACUGCAGCUGUUAUAAAUCUGUGAUAGAUCAAGAUCUGAAACCAUUCAAGGAUGGUAUUACCAAGGAACAAUAUGCACAAGCUCGCACAAAAGCUACUAAGUACCAGAUAAUAGAUGGAACACUAUUCAGAGAAAAAGAUUGCCCUUUCCCAGCUAGAUGUGCAGGUAUAGAACAUUAUUUGAGUGCACUGGCACCAAAUAUGCCCAAUAUAGAAUUGGCCAUAAACACAAGGGACUGGCCACAAAUCAACCGAGCAUGGGGCCAUUCUCAGGCACCAGUAUUAUCAUUCAGUAAGAUGCGAGACUACUAUGAUAUAAUGUACCCAGCUUGGAGUUUUUGGGAAGGUGGACCAGCCAUAUCCCUCUAUCCUACAGGCAUAGGUAGAUGGGACAAGCACAGGGAAUCAAUUUCUGCUGCAGCUGAAAAGUGGCCUUGGCAAAAGAAAGAAACCAAAGCAUUCUUUCGCGGAUCAAGAACAAGUGAGGAGAGAGAUGCAUUAAUACUGCUCUCUCGUGCCAACCCGGAUAUUGUUGACGCGCAAUAUACAAAAAAUCAAGCUUGGAAAUCAGAUGCGGUGUGAAAAGGAUGAGAAUUCGUGAAAACUAAACAACGAAAGAAAUAAAAAACAUCCACGAAGUAAAACUAGAAUUCUGUUGGUAUAAAUAUACUCUUUCUGUACUCUUAAUUAAUUAUAUUUCUUAUGUUCUUUGUAAUAUCAGUUGCGUAGAAACAUUGUCAAACGGUCUACAUAUACUACUGCCUCGAUAUUUGUAAUUUUCAUGGUAUUUUUUAUUAUUCUUUCCAGGACACAUUAUACGCUCCGCCAGCUUCAGAAGUAUCGUUCGAAGAUCAUUGCAAAUACAAAUACCUCUUUAAUUUCAAGGGUGUAGCUGCAAGUUUUCGGCUAAAGCAUUUAUUUUUGUGUAAAUCGUUGGUUUUCCACGUAGGGAGCGAAUGGGUUGAAUUUUUUUACACGUCGUUAAAACCUUGGGUGCAUUAUGUACCUAUUAAUUCAAAAGCAACACAAGAAGAAAUCCGUUUAACAAUAGAAUAUUUCAAGGAACACGAUAAUAUUGCGAAAGAAAUAGCAGAUAGAGGAUUUCAACACAUCUGGGACAAUUUGACUGAUAAAGAUGUUAAAUGUUACUGGAGAAAACUACUGAAAAAAUAUUCUAAACUAAUAAAUUACGAUAUUGUUAAAGAUAAUGAUUUGAUAAAAAUUUAAUAAAAAUGAAUAAGACAUUAAA